GUCAAAAGUUCAAAACAAAACGUCAGACAGCUGCUCAAAAAGACCAGUCGGUUUUGUAAAUCAUUUGAUAAAAGUUUGAUACACAGUACACACUAUUAUAUUGUGCUACUGAAAUUAAAUCAAGUUAUAAUUUAAGUAGUAAGUAAUAAAUGUGUUUUUGAAAGUAACAAUAUAAAGUACUUAAUAUGGAAUUUACUUUGAACGUCUUUACUCUUAAUUGUUGGGGAAUACCAGUGGUGUCAAAAAAUCGACAUGAACGUUUUGAAGCAAUAGCUAAAUAUUUACAGGAGAGCUCUCAUAAUAUAGUAUGUUUGCAAGAAGUUUGGAGUGAAAAAGAUUAUUUGUAUUUGAAAGAUAGCUUAAAAAUCAAUUUUCCGUAUUCACACUACUUUUACAGUGGUGUACUUGGGUCAGGUUUGUGUGUAUUCUCGAAAUGGUUGAUCCAAGAUGUCUUCUUUCACCAGUGGCCCUUGAACGGCUACAUUCAUAAGAUACACCAUGGAGACUGGUUUGGAGGUAAAGGCAUUGGUCUUUGCCGUAUAAAGUAUGGUAACAGACUAAUUAAUGUGUACUGCACACAUCUCCAUGCAGAAUAUCAUGUGGAUGAUAUAUAUUUGGCACACAGAGUGUUACAAUCCUACACAACGGCUGGAUUUGUUAACUUGACAACUGCACCUGCGGACAUAUCUAUACUUGCAGGAGACCUAAAUGCAGCACCUGGAGAUUUAUCCUUCAAGAUUAUUACCCAGCUUCCACCACUUGUGGAUCCUUACGACAAGUAUCCAUUAUUGAAGGACCCGGCAAACCCAAAUACUAUGGGAACCAGUGAAACUGCAAAUAAUAGCUACACAGAUCCUAAGACAGCCAAGAUCGCUCCUGAAGGAAAACGGAUUGAUCAUAUUUUGUACAAACUAAAUCCUGCUUGGGAGGCUGAAGUCAUCCAUUUCGGCCAUCCAUUACCAGACAAAGUGCCUGGCAAAGAUUUUUCAUAUUCGGAUCACAAUGCAGUUUCUGUACAGUUGCAUGUAAAACCGGCCGACAAAUCAUUGCAGAAAGAAAACAGUACUGACGACUGUUUCGAUGAGACUGCAACACAAGCCAUUAAAGUUUGUGAAGAGGCAAUGGCCAACAUAUCAAAAGCUACAACUCUGUAUUUAACUUGUGGUGGACUAAUACUGAUGUUCCUAAUUGGCACUGUUGGUUAUUGGCCAAACAAUGUUAUUUACGACAUUCUAAAAUUAUUUAUCACUGGCAUUGGCUUCUACUACCUCAUCAUGGGAUCUCUAUGGAAUAAAAUGGAAAUGAACAGCCUCAAGGCUGGACUGAGCGCUUUAGAAAAUUUCUGCAGGACAAGGAUUGAAUCAAAAGCACAGACUGAAAAAUAAGUGUACUUAUUGGAAUUGGAUUGCAUAUCAACGAAGUGUGAUAUAUAACAAUAUAAGGAAUGAAUUUUAAAUUAAUGGCACUACCUAUUAUUAUUUUUAAGAAUUUUAUGAGGCUUUUUGAAUAUUAGCUUAUUUGAAUAAUUAUAAGAAGUACAUUUUUGACUAAUUUAGUCUGCAAAUCUGAAGUUCGGCAGACAACACAAAAGCCACAGUUGCACAACAUUCAAAUUUCAAACAAAAUAACUACAGUACCAUGCAUGAAGCACUGAUGCGUGUUCAUUCUUGUCUCUUGCUCGUUUACCUUGGAUGGAUGUAUGCUCAAGUUUAAAUGAUUAGUUCAAAACCGAUUACGGAAUCGAUGAUUUUGACAGGGGCUGCAUUGAAGAUUUCAUUGUAUGACAUGAUGCAAAUGAUUUAACGUGGAAUUAACUCUUCAUUCGUUUUUCUUCACACUUUCUGUUCUAUCAAUUAAUUGCUAUGUGCUUUUCCUUAAUUGAUACUCCAAUCUUUAGCCGUAAAUCCACAAGCCGAGAUCUCGACUUAAUCACUCAGUGUUAAUCUUUUAAUUUUAGUUUUUUUUUUCAUAAUCAUUGGUUUGAAAUAUCACAGACCGUUUCUCCAUUUGCAGGAACUGCAGUCUCAUAAACAACGCAGUAACAGCAUGGUUCGGUCUAAAGACCUUCCCUGUUAGAGACAUGAGUCUUGGUACCAUUAUCUACGUACCAAUUUUCUGCACAUCUUCAGAGCAAGUGUAUAUCGACGUUUUGUUUUGUACUUUUUCGUUCUACCAUUCUUAUCAUCCUCCUGCCCUUAUUCCACUGCUUGCAGUUUUCAUCACAGGUUCACGUCUCUUGGUUUCAGUAUAGAUAGAGGUGAGGCCGAGCACUUCCUCAUUGCCUCAGUAUGACCAGAUAGUGCUCUUUCUUGUUUAGUAACAUCUACCUUCAUUUUAAACUUGAUCUAGAACACUUCUCGCAACCUUGAGCUGACGCCCUGAAUCUUGGUGGUAUAAUUUUCCAUCGCGACAGGAAAUUUUUCGCUGGCCCGUAACUUAAUGAAAUCACCGGCAAAAUAAACAUAGCUGCAACAUCUAGAGCGCUGCACUUUUUUUUUUCUUUUCUGUGUUUAAAAGUCAGACUUUUAGUAAAAAGUUUCUUAUUCUAUCUGACACUUUGGAACGUGAUUCUGCAUUUACGCGGACUUCGCAAAUGGUUAAUUUCAGAUAUGCAGACUAGAACGGCACAUUACGAGUAAAUAAGUAUUAACUUUCAUAGCUUCAUUUAUAGCAAAGCUAGAUAUCCACAUUUUUAAAUAUGUCUACUUUUCAAAGUAGGCUAUCUUUAUUAAUUUAUACCUUUAAGCGUUACCUGUAUAUUUCACAUAAUCUCUAAAAUUUUCACUUAUUGCUCAGAAUAUUAUCUAAUUAUAUUAAUAUUUAACUUAUUCUUACAUUCCAUGUCCACAUAAAUUCAAUAUCAAAUAUGCAUUGAUUUAUUCAUUUAUUCAUAAUAAUAAAGACUAUUUGUGAUUAUUGUGUUUUUAAAAUACAAUUAAAAUAGUAAAAUAA